GGCUUGGCUGAAAUUGGGAAAACGAAAGCGAAACCGCGGGAGUUUCUCGUGAAGGCAGCCCUUGUCUUGGCUAUUUAAGCGUUCCCAGUUUCAAGUCUGUCACUUUAACGACGACACUUGAACUCACCACAGGCAAAGGUCGACCAUUUUCGGGAAAUGGCUCAUUCCAAACCUCUGUUCGUUCAGUGGCUACGGGCUGAGAUUGAUAGCGGUAAGUACCCAGGUGUGCAGUGGACAAACCAGCAGGAAACCGAGUUUUGUAUUCCUUGGAAACACGCUUUGCGACAAGAUUCUUCUGAUACGGACAGUCUCAUCUUCAAGGCCUGGGCAAAGGUCAGUGGCAAUGGGCGCGUCCAAGGCGACUCCUCGGUGUGGAAGCGGAACUUCCGAAGCGUUCUGCGAGCCAAAGAAUUCAAAAUGAUGGCAGAUAAUAAAAACGACACAGCGAACCCUCACAAAGUGUACCGCUGGCCAAAAGACUCGACUUCACCUGACAACUUCAUUGCUGUAGCCUUAAGCCAACAGGAACCGGAUUUGUAUGAGAGUCCUCCUAAUGAGGAUAUUCUGCAAAGGUGUGUAACGGAGCUCAACAUUGGGCCUCAAACAGAAGACACUGCAGCCUUUAAGCUUCCUCCCGAGCAACAGGAGCUCCGGCAUCAGCUCGUGAUUGGCGGGCACGCGUUGCCGGGGCGACAGCCGUAUCCAGUAGCUUUGGAGGGUGCCGUCUGCGAAGCCGGGUUGCCCCAGCAACCGGUACGUCCAAUGACGCCAGCCGAGGGAGGGGUGUGCGGAGGCCAAUUUGCGGUGCAGUUUCUAGACACUGUGAACAAGACCAAGGAGGGAAAUCAUUUUAAGACACAAUACAGGAUAUCCGUGUUCUACAGAGGCGAGAUGGUGUCUGAGCAGCUGGUUAAUAACGAAGCUGGAUUCCGCUUAAUUUACAGGCCACAGCUGGUGGAACCCACGUUGGACCAGGAGUCCGGCCUGUCCUUGGUGUCCCUUCCAAGUCCCACCACCAUUAUAAGUCAAGUCCAAGCCGAGUAUACCAAGCGUAUCCUGGACAAUUUGGGCGAGGGCUUCGAGUUGGCCGUGGCAGGCAACGUGAUUUAUGGCCAGCGGCGAGGCGAAAGCAAAGUUUUUUGGAGUUUCUCCAAGUUCGACCAGAGCAGAAACACACAAGAGAUCUCCAAGCAGCAGCGACAACCGCUUUACCAAUUCACCAACUUUAUCCAGGGGAUUCUGGACUUUAUCGGAGGCAAAGAGUGCGCGCCCUGCUCUCUCUUCUUCUGCUUGGGCGAGAAGUGGCCUGAUCCAGAGAUGAGACCAUGGAAUAAGAAACUCAUCACAGUGGAGGUGGUUCUCACGUCGUUGGAGAUCUUGAAGAACUUGGCAGUCGAUGGUGGCGCUUCGUCCCUACAGUCUGUUGAUCUGCAGGUGUCGCUUGAAGAGAUGGUCAUAGGCUGACGCUGCACUUUUUCUUUUUUUUUUUGUAAGAUUGCAAAUGCCACCAUGUUUACAAUCAAUUAUUAUGUAAAACUUGAACAAACUUCUAUGUCAGGGACAUUUCACUAAAUUGUUUUGGGGGCCUGCGAUGAGGUGACGACUUGUCCAGGGUGUACCCCGCCUGCCGCCCGAAUGCAGCUGCACCCCCCGCGACUCCAAAAAGGGACAAGCAGUAGAAAAUGGAUGGAUGGAUAUUUUGGGGGCCACAUUUACGGAAAAUUAGGGGGGCGGACUUCCCCUUAAACUAUCAGUCAUGCUUUGUAUAAUCCGGAGAAUCAGUGUCCUCUACAGUAGACAUUUGAUUUUGGUUCCAUUUAUUUUGUCAGGGCUACAGGAGGGCUCUGCCAUUUUUAAGACCUUCCGUAAAAAAUGUUAGUUAAAAAUAAUCUUUAUUAUAUACACUCUUGUGAUUUUAAGAAUCUGCAGCAAAAAUGUGAGUGUCACACUUUUUUUUUAACUGAACUCGCAUUUAUAAACAAGCUAUAGCAACACCUUACCAUGAAUUGAUUUACGUGGACCCCGACUUAAACAAGUUGAAAAACUUAUUCUGGUGUUACCAUUUAGUGGUCAAUUGUACGGAAUAUGUUAUGUACUGUGCAAUCUACUAAAAAAAGUUUCAAUCAAUCAAUCAAAAAAAAAAAAAACUUUAGUUACAUUACUCACAUUACGAAAAAGGGACUUAAAAGGGUGCCUUGAGGAACGCCUCAGAGAUGUAAAUCACAAGUUUGGACCCCAGUGUUCUAUGUUUGCUAGUGUAAAGGGGGGCCAGCCAGUGUGGCUGUGCCAGGUGUACGUUCGUAAACCUCACUCCCUGACAACUUCAAAGAGUCUACUGAUCACUGAGUUGGCAGCUACGGUUUUUGGCCAAGUGGCUAGCACACUUAACUCUUAUUCGGGCGACAGGGGAUCCCGCCCCACUGGGAGCAGAGGCAGUGUGGGAAGAUCGAUACACAAUGCAAAGCUGCUACACUAGCAAGGUUAAAAUGCCAAUGUGUUUACAGUGGUCCAAGUUCCUCUAUAAAACAGGAGCACUCACGUUUUUUUAGGAAUUUGCUGCAAAAAUGUUUGUCUCACAAGUAUUCAACUGAACCUUGUUAGCCCUCAGGCCGCCUGUUGAAAAGCCCUGCCCUCUGUGAAUCGUUUUUUUUCCCAUUUUGUUUCCUUGUUCUGCCAAUUCCUAUAAAAGUGCAAUGUA